GCUCAGUAUAAAUAAAAGAGUUCAGGUAAAGAUAAACAUCACACUCACCCUGCUUGAAACACAUAGAUUCACAUCAAGCUACCAGAAGUUUCUGACUGAGUGUGGAGUGACUGUAAGGAGAAGAUGAGGGUGCUGCUGUUCUCUCUGGCUUUACUGGCCUCUCUGAAGGUUUUCCACUCAGCUCCCGGUCAUGCUCCACCAGCUGUAUCGAUGGAAACUCUCAAACGCCUCUCUCUGGAAGGGGAGAAGCUAGUGGAUGAGGAGGUGCAGAGAGCUCUCUAUGGCGUUAAGCAGAUGAAAGAGGUGAUGGCCAGCAAUGAGGAGAAACACGAGCAACUGAUCAAGACGCUUCAAAACAGCAGAGAAAAGAAGAAGGAGGUGGCAGAGAUGGCUCAGCAUGUGGUAAAGAAGUUGGACGAGGCUGAGCAGCAGUGUAAGGACACUUUGAAGUCUUUGUGGGACGAGUGCCGACCCUGCCUGCAAGAUGCCUGCAAGAGCUUCUACAACACCACCUGCCGUCGUGGCUUUGCUACUUUCUCCAGUAAGCUGGAAGGCUUCUUCCACAGGGUAAGCACACACUUUGGCUUGCCUAGCCCUCAGGAAGAACUCACUGUGAACAAGAGUGCAGAGAUGCCCGACCUGGACUUGAGGAAGAUAGAGGACUCAUUUAACAAUCUGGUCUCCAAAGUUGACAUCCUGGUAAACCGCAGCAUAGCACUAGUGUUCAGAUUCCACAGCAAGCUGGAUGAAACACUGCAGCAGACCUUCACUCCAGAGCCACAAGUAGAUACGGAGAUCAAAGCACUGGACUCAGACUUCCUGCAUGGAGUAGGAGUAGGGCUCAAGGAAGUGUUGGAGUCCUUUGUUGACUUUACGAGCAGCGUGAUGGAGGAGUUUGAAUCUGUGAUCACGCAGGUCUUUGAUGACCUGCAUGGGGUCAUCGAGGAAGCAGAGACAGAACAAGAGAAGCAGUUGCUCCCUGGAUUUGUUCAGAAGAAGAAGUUGUGUAAAGAUCUGCGCAGACAGUCAGCAGAGUGCUGGCAGCUCCAGAGCAAGUGCCAAGCCUGCCAGGGACCUCUAUUCUCUGAGUGUCCAAGCAUGCGGGAGUUACAUAUUGAGCUGAAUGAAGUAUCUGAGCUUCUGGAGGUUGCUAAGGAGCAGUAUGAAGAGGUUCUAGGUAUCGUGCAGCGUCACACUGAGGACACCGUCAGCUGGAUCAACAACAUGGCUGCCCAGUUUGGCUGGGUGGCAGAGCUUGCUGAUGGUGGUGUCACAAAUGAGAACGUCUUCAGCAUCACCACGGUGGAGAAUGAGGAGGCAGUUAAUGUUCCAGGAGAAGAAAUGAACACUCCAGUGGCUGACACUAAGGUUGAGGUGAACAUCCUGAAUGCUCCUCCUCUUACACUCAAUGUUCCAGGCAACCUGCAGCCACAAGACCCUGCUUUCAUACAGUACAUAGCCAAUGAGGCUUUGGGGUUCUACAAACAGAAGAUCGGGCUGGAAGAUGCUUGAGACUGUCUGGAGGAGAACUAUAUCUUUUACACUUGGAUACACAGAUGUAGCUGUAGAAGUGUGGCAUACCUGUUAAGGUGGAAUGCAUUUUUAUUUCUCCAGUAUAGUAAAGUGUUUCAGUGUAAUGGUUAAAUAGAGCAGGGUGUCAAACGUACAGCCCAGCAGGCUAGAACCAUCCCAAUAAUGGUUGUAAUCCAGCUCACCAAAUCAAUUCAGAAUCUGUGUUGUAAAUUAAUAUCAAGUUGUGAACUGUAAUUGAAUGGAAAAGUUUACAAAAAUAGAGCAAGAAACCCAGCGCCACAAACUCAGCUACUGACAAAAUGUGCAACAAUUUAACAUAAGAUCCCAAUGAAAUCAAUUUUAGUUACAGGUUGUAACAAUACAAAAUGUGGAAAAGUUCAAGGAGAUGAAGACUUAUGCAAGACACUGUAUGAUAAACAUAAUUUUUUAAUUUUUUUUUCUUUAUUAUUUUCCUUUGGUGGGGUGGGGGGGUGUAUUUGUUUUUUGGUAAUGAAUUGCAGUCUGUUCAGGUGUUUUGUAUGUGAUAUAUCCGCUUGUGCAUUCAGAAUGUACAUUUCAGAUUAAUGUUGUAAAUUAACACAUUUAUAGUUGUUGUUGAUGUGUUAGUGGUCUAAUAAUGAUUUCUUUUUGGUCCAGCCCGCUUGACAUUGGACUAAGUGUAAUGUGGCAUGUUAGUUAAAAUGAGUUUGAUCUAGACACCCUUGAUCUAUAGUGUCUAAUAACAUCAUGAUGUGUUUAUUUUAAUAAUGCUCAAAUAUUAAACACUAUAAACUUCUAGGGUUAAUUUCUUUUUUUAUUUUAAUUUUUACUGUUCAUGCAGUAGAUCCGUGUGAUGUAAUACACCUGAUCUAGCUUUUCAAAUAAAUAAAGCUUUACCUGAA